ACAGGCCUUAAGCAGAGGAGGCUUUUGUUACAGAUAGAGGGAGGGAGACGGGGAAAAUAUAUGGGAGCCAAAUUUCCAUAGGUCUGCAGGAGCAUCCCGGAGAGAGAAAAAAAACGGGGUUUCUCCAGAUUUUACAGCCACGAAUCAUAUCAUGGGGACCGAUACACGACUGAUAUAGCCCCAGUUUUUCACACAACGGAUGAGAUCUAAGAAACGUGGAUACAUAAGUCUUUGUGUGUUCUUGUAUUUAUGAUAACUGCACGAGGAAUCUAAUUUAUUUGUAUUUGUUUAGAAUGGAACACGCUGAAGCAGGCCCUGUAAGAAAAAGGGAAACUUAAGGAUGCUGGAGCAGAACAAUGGAUUUCUCUUUCUCUUUCAUGCAAGGGAUCAUGGGAAACACAAUUCAGCAACCCCCUCAGCUUAUUGACUCCGCCAACAUCAGACAGGACGAUGUCUAUGAAGCCAUCAGUGACCCAGGAGAUGAUGGAGGACAGCAAAACUAUGACUCACCCUUGGAGUCAGGCUUUUCUUACCCUGCUGAAGACCUCCCAGUUAUUACAAAUGGUUAUCCGGCAGGCUUAAGUACUUAUGAGCAACAGGCUAAGUUUGCCUUGUACUCUCAGUUCCCCAAUGGCUCCGCUAAUGGAUAUGGGGCCAUCCGAAACUAUGGGGAUCAUGGUUUGCUGCUUGGUGAGGGCACAGUAUUGAGACCACCGGUGGUCCAGGAGAAGCCUCCGACCCAUAUCCCACCUCCAACACAUGCCCACCAUCACCACCAGCCCCAUCAUCCUCACCAUCACCACCCUCAGCAACACCAUCUGCACAACCCACCACUGUUACCUCACCACAAUCACCCACCUACUUCCCAAAUUAUGCCUCCAGUCUUACCACCACCUCCUCCCUUGCUACUGCCUUCCUCUCCUCCUCUCCUGUCACCUCAAGACAGCAUCAUCUCAAACCAUAUCACACAAGCCACCACCACUCCAAAAAAGACCAGCUCCCCUGAGAUUAAGAUAAAGAUCAUUAAGACUUACCAGAACGGCAGGGAGCUGUUCGAGUCCUCGCUCUGCGGGGACCUGCUGCAAGAGGUUCAGGCUGGUGAGGCUUCCAGAAAAAGACAUGAGCAGAAAAAAGAGAAGAGGAAAAGGAGAAGCAGCAGACAUAGUGUUAUUCAAGAACAGGAGAGCCAGCAUCCAUUCAAAUAUGUGGAGGAAAGGUCAGGGAUUGUCCACAGCUCUGCACAGCCCAGCGAAGGUCAUGUCACAUUCAGAGAAGAACAACCUACUACAACCGUCAAAAGCCCCAAAGCAGAACCCAAGGAACAGCGAAAUGAAAAGCACUGUCCUUCGGUCAUCACUAGCACUGGCACUUGUCAAGUGUAUGAGAUUGGUGACCUGGUGUGGGCUAAGGUCGGAACUUAUCCUUGGUGGCCUUGCAUGGUAUCAUCGGACCCUCAGUCAAAUGUUCACACACGCCUCAAUACAAGAGGUAACAGAGAAUACCAUGUGCAAUUCUUUGGGAGUGUUCCUGAGAGGGCCUGGAUCCAUGAGAAAAGAACCAGGGUGUACCAGGGUGAGAGCCAGUUUGAGGAGUUGCAAGCUGAGACGCUCCGGAAGACAACCAACCCAACAGAGAAGCAAAAGCUGCUUAAGCCUCAAUCUCAAAAGGAGCGUGCCCAGUGGGAAGUCGGUGUGGGCCAUGCAGAGGCGGCCUUGAUGAUGUCUCGAGAGGAACGCAAUGAGAACUACACCUUCAUCUAUAUCGAUAAGGAACCCAGUUCUGCUUCUGCGGCUUCUGCUGUGGCUCCUGCCGCGGCUCCUGCUGGUGCUGCUGUGGCUUCUUCUGCUGGUGCUGCUGCAGCUUCUUCUGCUGGUGCUGGUGCUGCGGCUGCUGGUGCUUCUGGUGCUGGUGCUUCUGCUGCCGGUGCUGCUGCUGCUGCCACCGAUACUUUGGUCUCACCAAGAGUGGCAGUCAAAAACCGCCCCGAACGCAAGCAGAGACGUUCCAAAGGCAGUGCCAGAGCAAAAGAGGUGCUUCCACCCCGUCGGCAACAGCCGCGGAGACAGUGCAGCAUCAAUAGUGGUGGAGAACCACCAUCUCCAGAUGAGGAAGAUGAUGAUAUUGAACAUUGUCGCAAAAAACAACCCCAGAGCUCCCCAGAACGACCCCAACCCCAGCAACCCUCCCCACCUCCAAUCAGGACACCCUGGAAGACCGCAGCAGCUCGCAAGCUCCUCCCACUUUCCAUUACUAUGAAGAAACUGAAUGUGGAGAUCAUCAAGUGCGACUGGCAGCUCCCAAAGGAAAAGGUGGACCUGCCUAAGAAGGUAGAAAUUGAGGAGAGACCUGGUGAUCGGGUUCAGUCACCAGAGGGCUCCAGUGAUAAGGCUGAGGCAGAAACAUGCUCCAGUGAAGAGGAACGAGCUGUAUCUCCCUCAGGCUGGAGUGACCAGGAGAGUGCCGAGUAUGCAUCAUCAAAAGAGCAGUCCUCAGAGCCUCUAGAGAGAAAACAGCAGCGUAGAUCUGUGCGAAGCCGUUCCGAGUCUGAGAAAAGUGUGGAACCAGUGCCAAAAAAGAAAGUGAAGAAAGAACAGGCGGACAUGGCACCUCAAAUGGAUUUCAAAACGGGGUCGCAAAAAGGAGCAAGUGAGAUCUCAGAUGCAUGUAAACCACUAAAGAAACGCAGCAGAGCAUCUACCGAUGUUGAGAUGGCCUGUUCCCUGUACAGAGACACAUCUGACUCAGACUCCAGAGGCCUCAAUGACCCACAGACCGGAUUUGGGAAGCAUUUGGACAGUCCUGCUACAGUAGAUGCUGAUGGAUCUGAUGCCCAGUCAGUGGACUCCAGCCUAUCCCGUCACGGAGGAAGUUCCUCAAAGAAGGACACAGUCUGUAAUGUCUGUGAAACCUUCGGGGAUUCAUUGGUGAGCUGCGAAGGGGAGUGUAACAGGCUUUUUCAUCCAGAGUGUAUGGGAUCCAAGAGUGGGAAAGAGGGAGAACUUGUGUGUAAGGAGUGUAAGACAGGUUUCCACCCUUGCUUCUCCUGCAAGGUCACAGAAGGUGAUGUGAAGCGCUGCUCUGUGAAUGGUUGUGGCCGCUACUACCAUGAUACCUGUGCUCGCAAGCAGCCUGGAACCACUACAGAUGCUGGAGACCUCCGCUGCCCCCAGCACAUUUGUGCCACAUGCUGUCUCGACAAAGACCUUGUCAAAGCUGCCAAAGGUCGCAUGAUGCGUUGUAUUCGGUGUCCGGUGGCGUUUCACACAGGAGACGGCUGUGUGGCGGCUGGCAGUGUGUUGAUAACACCUCACUUCAUCAUAUGUAGCAACCACUCCAGUUCCAGGAAGAACGGACACUUCUCCUCACCUGUGAAUGUAGGCUGGUGUUUCAUCUGCGCUCGAGGGCUUUUAGUGCACGACCGUACUGACACCAUAUUAAGUUCAUAUACCUUUAAGUCGCACUACCUUCUGACUGAGUCAAAUCGUGCUGAGUUGAUGAAAUUACCUAUGAUUCCUUCUUCUUCGUCAGCUACCAAAAAGAAUAUUGGGAAAGGAGGAAGACUGUUGUGUUGCGAGGCCUGCCCCGCCUCGUUCCACCCCGAGUGUUUGAACAUGGAGAUGCCGGAGGGGACGUGGCUGUGUGGGGAAUGCAGAUCAGGCAAGAAACCCCAUUAUAAGCAGAUAGUCUGGGUCAAGCUGGGCAACUACAGAUGGUGGCCCGCUGAGAUAUGCAACCCUCGCCUGGUUCCCUCCAACAUCCAGAGCCUAAAGCAUGACAUUGGCGAUUUUCCAGUCUUUUUCUUUGGAUCCCACGACUAUUACUGGAUUAACCAGGGAAGAGUUUUCCCAUAUGUUGAGAGUGAUAAGAACUUUGCAGAGGGGCAAGUUGGCAUCAAUAAGACCUUCAAGAAAGCACUUGAGGAGGCUGCAAAACGGUUCCAGGAGCUAAAAGCGCAGCGAGAAACCAAGGAGGCCCUCGAACAGGAACGCAACUCUCGCAGACCCCCACCAUACAAACUUAUCAAGUCCAAUAAGCCAGUUGGAAAGGUGCAGGUGCAUGUCGCUGACCUCUCCGAGAUCCCACGCUGCAACUGCAAACCCACAGAUGAGCGUCCAUGCAGCCAGGACUCUCAGUGCUUGAACCGCAUGCUGCAGUAUGAGUGCCACCCGCAGGUCUGUCCUGCUGGUGACCGCUGCCACAACCAAUGCUUCUCCAAACGCCUCUAUCCUGACAUUGAAGUCAUAAAGACCAAUGGUCGAGGAUGGGGUCUAAAGACAAAGCAGGACCUCAAGAAGGGUGAUUUUGUCAUGGAGUAUGUUGGCGAACUGAUUGAUUCUGAGGAAUGCAAGCAACGAAUAAGACAUGCCAAUGAGAACCAUGUGACCAACUUUUACAUGCUGACCCUCACUAAGGAUCGUGUGAUAGAUGCAGGACCCAAAGGGAACUUGUCACGUUUUAUGAACCACAGCUGCAGUCCAAACUGUGAGACUCAGAAGUGGACCGUGAACGGGGACGUGCGAAUCGGGCUUUUCACAUUAUGUGAUAACACUGCUGGCACAGAACUGACCUUUAAUUAUAACUUGGACUGUCUGGGUAAUGGGAGGACAUCGUGCCACUGUGGAGCAGAAAACUGCAGUGGUUUUCUUGGAGUUAAGCCCAAGAGUGCUGUGGUUAUGGAGAGAGAGGAGAAGGUGCGCAAUGCUAAACUUAAGCCUAAGAAGCGCAAACUGAAGACGGAGAGCAAACAGAUCCAUGAAUAUUUCUGCUACUGCUGUGGAGAGGGAGGAGAGAUGGUUAUGUGUGACAGAAAGGAUUGCCCAAAGGCCUACCAUCUCCUUUGCCUCAACCUGACUAAACCUCCAUCCGGGCGAUGGGAAUGCCCCUGGCACCAGUGCAGCAUAUGCCAGCGUUCCGCCAUCUCGUUCUGCCACUUCUGCCCUGCCUCGUUCUGCCGAGAGCACGAAAGAGGACAGCUGGCAGUGUCUGCCCUAGACAACCGGCCCUGUUGCUCAAACCAUGACCCCCAGAAACCCUUAGGGCCCCAGGUUAACCUUAGACAAGUCACUAUAAAGAAGGAACCACUCGAACUGAAGGAAGCUGCAAAGGAAGGACAUAGUGAUGGGGAGGAUGAAGAUGAGGAGGGGGGAGAAAGAGGGACUGGGCCAAAGCGCUGAGGGAAAUGAGGGGCUUCAACAAAACAAAGCUCAAAUGACAACAAACAAGAGUGAACCUUAGAGUAGCCACUCACAGCUAGCUGGUUCUCUUUUCAGUUAAAUCGAAGCAAACUUGAUAAAUUGGGGUUGUUUUCAAUUCCAAAUAUACAGCAGUUGGUAUGAUUUAAAAAAAAAUUUUUAACAUCAAUUAACAGCCUCAUAUCAAAUACAUAAGGAUUGCUUAUAUAACAAUGUAAGCAAUUCAUCUCUGUUUUUUUUAAACAAAACUUUCACAACUAAUUGUCACUUUAAUAUUUUUCAGACGUGCUCCGUUUCGCCAAAAACCUCUGCUAAAACAAUGCCUUUCAAUGGCAAACUCAGUUUCCAUAUCUUUGGUACUUCAACACUCUAUAAACACUUUAAACCAAGAACUUUAUUUAUGUACCUCAUGUAAAUAGCAAAGACUGUUGUAAAACAUGUAGGGUGAAAUUGUUUGCCCCUCACCGGUAGGAUUUCACUACAUGAGCCUGUCGUGAUAACAUCUAUAAAAACGAGGCUCAUUCAAGUAAGGCUUGUUCAACUGCCGCCCCAUUCCAGUGAGUUUGUGAUUUGUAAGAUUAUAUAAUCAUUAAUAUAUUUAUGUCGAUGUUUACAUCCAUUCACAAUGUACAGUAUUAUUCAUCUGUAUUAGACAAUUUGAUAUCACUAAUCGUAAUGUUGUUUAUGUGCCCUUUUUGUCAGCAAAAUUACAUUAUUGCUUGGCCGGUACUGUAUCGCAAUCAUCUUUUGGUCCACUCAGUUCACAGUCAUUUCAGAGUAACAACUUAGUCUAGUCACCGGCAAAGAUCAGUACUGAUAUCUACAAUUGGUAACGUUUGAUGGUGUAGUGUUAAGCAGCUGUUGUCUCAUUCAGCCACACAUACUCCAACACUGCCAUGUCUCUCUUAAAUCAAAUAUUUACCAUUGUGAGUAUUGAACAGAUGCCAGUGUGUCAAUUACAAAGAACCCAUAUCAUGUUUCAAAGCUAUGCUAGUUGUAAGACUGUGAGAUUUUUUUUUUUUUUCUCUUUUGCCGUUUACAUUUGUGUUUCCAGCAUACAAGUGUAAAUAUAAUCAAACUUAGUUAUUUGAUACGCGAUAAAGUUGCAAUUGUAUUCAUGCCUUUCAAAUCAUCGUGUUUCAUGCAUAGGAUGUAAUGCUGUACAAUAGAGUCGAAUUUGAAGGGUAUCAAACUGUAUUGUAACGCUCAUUUAUCAUUUUCAACAUGCUUGAUGUUAAGCAUCUUGUAUUUUGUUUUGUUGUAAUGACAUAUGCUAUUGUGCUAAAUGAUAACUGUCAUUGUAGCUGGACGUAGGGAGGGCUGUAUGAUUUACGACAGAGUGUAGCAUAAUCCUCUAUGACUUCUACUUGAUGUGAAUCUACUUAAUAGCUUUGAUCUUGGAGAAACUACCAUGUCUUUAUGUUAAGGUGUCUUGGGAUCUCCUAAAGGGGGGGUAGUUACCAUGCUGUUAAGUUACUAAACUGUUACUCUCUUGUUACUGGUGUCUGUGCAGUCAUUCUGGCGUUGCUGUGCCACAGUUUGAACGAAAGGAAGAAUUGAUCGUGACUGCUUUAACACGUGGGUUCUGGACUUGCCCAUUAGUCAUAAUAUACAUUUCCCAUAUAGAUCACAGACAAGUAUUAUACGUAAUGGCACCACCAAGUAUGUUUGUCACUUUAUGGAAAGUAGGGAAAGUGCUGCAAGUUUCAGUUUACUUGAAUUGCUCCCAUUUUGCCUUUAUGUUAAUUUUCUGUAUUUAUUUUUCUUAGUCUCAAAAUGGAGUGUUAUUGGUGGAUAUGUCAAACGCUUUGUAUUUGUACUGGAUACUUACACCUGACAGUAAAUUUAAGGAAUUCUGACAUUUGAAGAUGCCACUGCCAAACUGAGAUUUGUAUAUUUCUGGAAAUAUGGUUUGCUCUUACUUGCAUCUGCAUUUUUUGUGUUUGUGUGUUCUGAAACAUGGAAGGCAAUACAGGUAUCCAUUUCUUUGUUUCUCACAUUGUGAUAUUUUUAUAGUGUACAUUUAUUUUUAUAUAGGUUUACUUUAGAUACCAUAGGCACUUUUUUGUUCUUAAUAUACCAAUAUCUUCCCUUACGUUUAUAAUGAAAAAUAUCAAGGAAUUGCAGUAUGGCAAGAUGCAAAGCACACUUUUUAUUUUUUGCCUGAUAUUCAGUUGGUACUAGUAGUUACUACUUUGUCUUGUUUAAUCUGAUACAGAAAUGUCCAGUGACAUUUUGGAAUGACAAACAAAUGUCUGGUUUGAACCCUCAGAACAUGGCUAUCAUAGAAAUUGCAUUUACUUCAUUUGUUUAUGCAGUGGCUCAAUCACUGAUUUGUUGCUGUAUCUAUUUUGCUGCAUCAAAUGUUAAAAGUGUAUAACCUCCAUUGAUUCCAGUGUUUGGUGUCUGUGCACUGUACUUUGUACAUUUUCAUGUGUAUUUGAAAGUGUCAUUAUCAUUUUGAGCUCUCCAAGCAUGUUCUUUGUGUUGCUUAACUACAUUUACUAAAGGUGGUGUCCUACCAGCUUACACUAUUUGAUUUUAUGUACUGUUUUCACAUUCUUUUUAAAUAGACUGUUUACUAAUUCUUGCUACUGAGUUUAUGUAAAGAUUAAUGUGUUAAUGUAAUAUUUUCACCAUGCACACUGAAUCAAAAUACACACUCCAACUGAAUAAAACGUAUCCUAAACGAUUUGGCUUGGGUAGAAUGUAUGUCCUCUCUUAGUUUUACAACGAUGUGCUCAUGAAAAGAGUUUUAUUCGGUUAUGUCAUGUAGCCUAUUGCAUUGUGUAAGAGAAUGAUGCUUGAUCAAUUGUACAUAGCUGCAAAAGAAAAAGCUCAAUUGUCAUAUUGUGGUGUCAUAUGAAUGCCUGUAAUAUUGCUUCUGAAUGUUUGUGAAAGUAGAAACAUUUUGUACAUUUAUUGUAUUUUAUUUGACCAGCUUUUAGAACGUAUUUCUUUAGAAUUCACAAUUAAUUCUGAGAGUAAGCGACAUUCCACAGAGUUAAACGUUUUCAGACUUGCCUGGUUUGACUUCAAUAAACUGAA